AUGUGGAACUUAAAUGACUCGCCUGAUCAAACAAGAGACGAUGAAUCCGAGGGAUGUUCCAGUCAAAAAACAUCAAUAGACGGCGAAGUUGACAAGGGGAAAAGGGUCGGAUCCGUGUCGAAUUCCAGCUCUUCUGCUGUAGUAAUAGAAGAUGGAUCAGAAGAAGAGGAUGAAAGUGGAGACAAGGGAAAUAGAAUAAUCAAGAAACGUAGUAUAAGCUUUAGCAGCAGCAGCAACAGCAAGAUUUUCGGUUUCUCGGUCCCUUAUGAUCAAGACUCCAUAGAAAUGAGUGAUCCGCCAGUGACUCGGCAGUUCUUUCCUUUAGAAGAUCAAGAAAUGGGAUCCACAUCGGGCGGUGGAAGUGGUGAUGGAGUUGGUGGUGGAUUUCCUCGGGCUCACUGGGUUGGUGUCAAGUUUUGCCAAUCGGAAUCGUCACUUGUUUCUCCAAAAUCCAUGGAAGUCUCACAACCAUUGAAGAAAAGUAGGCGAGGACCGCGGUCUAGGAGCUCUCAAUACCGUGGUGUUACCUUCUACCGGAGGACUGGCCGAUGGGAGUCUCAUAUAUGGGAUUGUGGGAAGCAAGUGUAUCUAGGUGGAUUUGACACUGCACAUGCAGCUGCUCGUGCAUAUGAUAGGGCAGCAAUCAAGUUUCGGGGAGUGGAGGCAGAUAUUAAUUUUAGAAUUGAAGACUAUGAGGAAGACUUGAAACAGAUGAGCAACCUUACUAAGGAAGAAUUUGUUCAUGUGCUUCGCCGGCAAAGCACAGGAUUUCCUAGAGGAAGUUCUAAGUAUAGAGGUGUAACCUUGCACAAGUGUGGAAGAUGGGAAGCUCGAAUGGGCCAAUUUUUAGGCAAAAAGUAUGUUUACUUGGGCUUGUUUGAUACUGAAAUUGAAGCUGCAAGGGCGUAUGACAAAGCUGCAAUCAAGUGCAAUGGCAAGGAGGCAGUUACCAACUUUGAUCCCAGCAUUUAUGAAAAUGAGCUUAACUCUAUCGAAUCAUCAGGCAAUGCUGCGGAUCACAAUCUUGAUUUGAGCUUGGGCAAUCCAGCUUCGAAGCAAAACAGUAUAGAAUUUGGUCAGGAUAGGCACAAUGCUGCAAUGGAGCAACAUUCAGCAACAAUGUCAUUUGAACCUAAUUGGCAGAAUCGGGGGUUUAGGCCAAAGCUUAACCUUUAUAGAAGUGACAGUGAUGGGCAUGGAAGAGAUGGGUAUGGGGAGACUGAAACGACCCAGCUUCUUAGCAAAAUCCACAUUCAGUCUCUAGGAUCACACCAGUCUAGUACUGAAAUGCCAAGAUAUGAGCAGUUCAGGAGAUCUCAUGGAGAUAAUCAGAUGCUUAAUGUUCUUCCUCCACAGUUCAACUCACCAAAUUAUCAAAUUCAGUAUCCAAGCAGCAGCAAUGGAGGUCGAAUUGGAAGUGAUCUUUCCCUCUCUCCAAAUGAGCUUCACCGUCGUCAUCAUUAUCAGCAAUGGCAAGCAGGUCCUCCCCAGUUUGCAAAUGCUGCAGCAUCAUCAGGAUUCCAACAGCAGAUUAGGACUCCACAAAACUGGCUGCAGAAAAAUGGGUUCAACUCUCUCAUGAGACCAUCUUAA